AAUCAACUUGAUUUAUUACAUAGUAACUCCAUCUCUCUCUCUCUCUCUCUUACACCUAAAAUUUCCUCAAAACUUCUUCCCAAAAUCCCCGAAUAAUUACAAUCAUCAUCAACCUGAAUCGAAGAUUCACAUAUUCUAUCUUACUGUCUCAGAUGGAAGCUGAUGUAUCAAUCCGUUCUCUUUCAACCCUAAUAUAAGUCUCCUUUCUCUCACUCUCUCUGCAAUCUAUUAUGUUCCCUUUUUUUCUCUGCUUAAUUAGGGUUUUGUGAUUUUUUCUUUUUUUUUUUUUGUCUGAAAUUUUGAUUUCGAUAAUAAUGAAACCGGUUGCGGGUUUGCUGCUGCUGCUACAUCUAUUGACCCUUUGUUGGGUGACUUGGGCGAACGUAGUGUUAAUUGGGAACAAUGUUACUCUUUCUUUCGAUGACAUUGAAGCUAAUUUCUCCCCAGCUAUUAAAGGUUCAGGGGAAUGUGGGGUGCUAUAUUUGGCAGAGCCUAUUAAUGCUUGCUCGGAUUUGACUAAUAAAGUUGAACAUGUUUCAAAUACUACUUCCCCAUUUGUAUUGAUUUUUAGAGGAGGCUGUAGCUUCGAGGAGAAAGUUAGACGAGCACAAAAGGCUGGAUUUAAAGCUGCUAUAAUCUACGACAAUGAAGACAAUGGUGUAUUGGUAGCAAUGGCAGGAAAUUCAGCUGGCGUAAAGAUUCGUGCAGUGUUUAUUACAAAGGCUUCUGGAGAAACACUCAAAAACUAUAUCGGUUUGCCUGACAUGGAGUUGUGGCUAAUUCCAAGCUUUGAAAACUCAGCAUGGUCCAUCAUGGCGAUUUCUUUCAUUUCCUUACUCGCUAUGUCUGCAGUAUUAGCUACAUGCUUCUUCGUUCGCAGGCAUCGCAUAAGACGGGAACGUCCACGUUCUUCUCGUGUCAGAGAAUUCCAUGGAAUGAGCAGCCGCUUAGUAAAAGCAAUGCCUAGUCUGAUAUUUACUGCUGUUUUAGAAGACAAUUGUACUUCGAUGACUUGCGCUAUAUGCCUCGAAGACUAUAGUGUUGGAGAGAAACUUAGGGUUCUACCAUGUUGCCACAAAUUUCAUGCUUUUUGCGUUGAUUCUUGGCUUACCACAUGGAGAACAUUUUGUCCGGUUUGCAAGCGUGAUGCGAGAACCAGCACAGGUCUUCCACCAGCAUCAGAAUCCACACCGUUGCUUUCUUCCACCCCUGCCUCUGUCGCUUCUUCUGCAUUAUCAUCAUUCAGGUCUUCGAUACCAUCAUCGUCUGCUAUACAAAUAGGAUCAGGACCACUGUCUGCCUCAAUUUCUCAUAAUCACUCAUACACCAGCAUUCCAUACGUUCAAUCAUCACACAGAUCUUAUCAGCAAUCUCCUCCUAUAAGUGUAAGCAGAAGUUCAGCAGAUCUUAGAAAUGCAUCUUCACAAAGAUCUUAUGCCUCACAUUUGGUAUCACCACAUUCAUUGGGUUAUCCAUCUAUAUCUCCUCUUAACACAAGAUAUAUGUCUCCAUAUAGACCAAGCCCUAGUAAUGCAUCACCGAAUUUUGUCAGCUCUUCUAGUCAAAACUUGCAUCCACUGCGCUGUAGUGAAUCAGCAGGGACUCUCUCUCCGUUCGCCUCUGCUAGAUCUCUACCAGAAUGUUGAUAAAAAGUUUUAGUUUGUGAUACAGGGUUUGGGUGCAGACUGACACAUGACCUGGAGCUGUAUGGUAAGAUUAAUCAGGUCUUGAAAUGCUGUAUCAUGGGGUGUGUACAUGUAACAUGAUAAUAUGCAGUUUGUGUUUAUCAUUAAGGUUUCCCCAAUCCAUAUAUGUAACUGUGCUGCGUUGCAGUUUGUGGACAUUGAUGUUUUUGACAAUUCCAUUCCGGCUAAUGUAGCUAACGAUUGAGUUGUGUAAAAUUAGCAAAUAAAAUGCUGUGCCUGCUGAUAUAGGUGAAGGAA